CUGACGCUGUUAGUUCUAGUUUUUGGUGUUGACGCCCAACGCUACUACAACUACCACCCUCGGAGCUACUUCCGUGGUAAUCUAUACGAAAACGGGCGGUCCAUCUCCGAUGAUCUUGUGACUUGUGGCCCAAAUACCUGCGGGGUGGGAGCCCACUGCACCCACGGCAGCGUCAGACCUGUCUGCGCCUGCCUCCCAGGAUACUCCGGAGACCCACUGUCACAAUGUAUCAAGAUCGAAUGUGUUGACAACAGUGAAUGUCGCGGACAUCAGUCCUGUGUGAAUCAGCAUUGCAUUAACCCUUGUGAAGGUGCUUGCGGAAUAAACGCUAAUUGUGAUGUCCGCCAGCACGUUCCCGUGUGUACUUGCCCCCCAGGUUACACCGGCAACCCAUUCUCUUCAUGCAGAAUUGCUGAUCCAGAGGAGGCCUGCCACCCAUCACCAUGCGGCGCUAACACCAAGUGUCACGUCGCGAAUAAUCAAGCCAUUUGUUCUUGCCUUCCCGGUUACAGGGGUAGUCCAUUGACAGGCUGCCGACACGAGUGCGAAUCAGACAGCGACUGCGGCACGCAGCAGUCGUGUCGCGACUUCAAGUGUACGAGCCCUUGUAGCGAUUGUGGCGUCAACGCGGACUGUGAGACGGUCGCCGCGCACCGCGCCGUCUGCAAGUGCCCUAGGGGCUACCACGGUGAUCCGUACAGGAUUUGUUCAGCUGAAUGCACAUCCGACAGCGAGUGCCCUAGCUACAAACCGGCCUGUGUGUACAACGCCUGCGUAAACCCUUGCACGAACGCUUGCGGUGUGAACGCGGACUGCAACCUACGCGGUCUGACGCCAGUCUGUUCCUGCCCUAAGACCAUGACCGGCGAUCCAUUCACCUUCUGCAGGCCUUUCGAAGCGCGUGAUCUAUGCGAGCCUAAUCCUUGUGGUGCCAACGCUAAGUGUACCCCCGGCCACGACCGUACCGGAGCCGAACGCCCAGUGUGCACCUGCCCUACUGGAUACCGCGGCAACGCUCUAGUGUCUUGCGAAAAGGGCGAGUGUGAGCUUGACUCUCAAUGUCCGGAUCACUUGGCCUGCGUCGGAUACCAAUGUGUGGACCCUUGCCUUGGUAACACUCAAUGCGGAUCUGGAGCCGUCUGUAUGGCGCGAAGACACAUCGCUGUAUGCACCUGUCCAGGAGAUCACCACGGAGACGCGUUGGUUAGCUGUUACCAAUCUCACUCCGAAGCGGUAGCCACUCGUUACUAUAGAUACAAACGUAACGGCAACUUCACUGAGCCAUUAAAAGAAGACGCCGCUUCAGAAGCUCCCGAAGUCGUCGAACUGGCUGAAGCUGUGACGACCGAUGACAAGAAAGAAUAA